GUCCCGCCCGGGCUGGGGACACGCACGACCGCGGGGCCGCCGUCCCGCCCGGGCGGCGCUGCCCAGACCCCGUCGUGCGGCGCGUGGAGGGUCCGUUCCUGCAGGCCCAGGCACCGCGGGAAAUGAUGAUCCUCCUUGCUUUGCUCCUGCUCGUGGACCUGCCGAGGGUGGAGACAAAUGUCACCGUGUCAGGAACACAGGGCCUGCUGAGGUGUCAUGUUUGUGAGAAGGAGCAUAGUUUCAAAUGCCAGAAUCCAACAGAAUGUCCGGAGGGAAUACACUUGUGUGCCUCUAUUGCCCUGAGAGUAUAUCCACGUUUCUUCUAUGUUUCAAAGCAGUGCUCGAAGAAAUGUCCAACAGUUGAACAGCUCGGUCGUAUAGUCAAGUCCUUUGUCCUCAUAAAGCCUAUGCCUUUUCUGUAUACGAGAUGCUGCUCAGACAUGUUAUGUAAUACAGAAGCACCGGAGAUCCGGGAUCCAGAUUUUAGACAAUCUGGGAGAGCGAGCGACGUGAGGAGCAGCAGUGCCUGGCUGGUGCCCCUCCUCAUGCUGUCCCCGGGGCUCGCGGGCCUCAGGUUGCCGUGACCCACAGAGCAUGGCUCGGGCCCACCUUCUGCAGGUGGCACAGAUGACGUGGACCUGCUGCUCAUGCUUGGAACCUGUGGCAUUAAACUUGUUUUCCACCCACUGA